AGCUUCAACUGCUUCAAGAAUAUGAAUCUAAAAGCAAAAAUUGCCGCAAAUGGAUGUGAAUUGAUUAAUAAGCGUAUUUUAUCGUUUAAAGAUAUCGGACUGGGUCGCCUUUUCCACGGAUAUCCCAAAAAACUACAGAUCCAUUUUCCAUACCACUGUUAAUGAUUUUGAAAAAAAAAAAAAACAACAACAUCGUAUUGCCACAGAUUCAUCGGAACAAUAUCAUGUUCCAUCGCGUGAUAAACAUCCCAAGAGAUUUGAAAUAUUGUUCCAAGACAGAGUUAAAAUAGCUUCCUGGAGACAACAAUUUCUUGCAGCCGAAUAACAAGAUUAUCCCGUCAUCGGAGCACGAAACAAACUGAUCAACUGAAAUCCACACAAAGUCCAUUAUUGUACUGAGUAGUUCCGCCGCUUAAUCCACAGGCUAGAAUUGGCCAGACUGGAUUGAAACAGGAAAAGUACACGGAUCGGGUUCCCGAACACCUUUCUUCCUUUUCCUCGAAACAAGUAGGAAUUAUAGUGUCAACAAGUCAUUCCAAGACAUCCCUGGGCCAAAACCAUUGCCCUUAGUAGGCAAUGCUCUCCUAUUUUCCCCAUUAGGUCCUUACAAUGUUUCAAGAUUGUUAGAUGGGUUUACUGAUUUGCAGAAGCAGUAUGGCAACAUUAUUAAAUUGAAUAUGGGGAAUAAAAUCUCUCUUUUGAUAUUUAACCCAGAUGACAUUCGUUCCAUGUUCCAGCAUGAAGGGAAAUACCCUCAAAGACCAACAUUUGAAGCACUAAAGGAUUACAGAGAAAAGAAGUAUCAAUGUGUUGGUGUUGUCCCAGAUAAUGGCAAAGAAUGGUAUAGGCUGCGGCAAAAUGUACAGACUUUACUCAAGCUCAAAACAGUUCACAGCUACUGGAACAGACAACAGACUGUAGCUCAAGAGUUUUCUGCUGGUCUGUUGUCAAAAAUGAAUUCUGAUGGCAUUGUUAAGGAUUUUAUACAGCAUGCUUUUCAAUAUUCUCUUGAAGCAAUCGGUGUAGUCUGUUACGGAAAAAGAUUAAAUUGCUUUUCUAACAAUUCCGAAGACAGUCGAGUUAAUAAGGCUAUUUUGCAAGCAAAUGUACAAUUUCUGAAGGCACUUGGCGAAACCUUCCAUCAACCGCCAUGGUGGAAAUUGUGGAGGACAAAAGCUUACAAAGUUAUUGAAUCGACCCAAGACUUCAUGUUGGCAACUGCCGUUAAAUACUUGGAGGCUGCUCGAAAAAAACUAAGUGAAAACCCGGAUCUUUUUUUAGAAGAGGAUCCUAUUUUAUACCAUCUACUUGAAAACCAAAAUCUUUCUGAAACCGAAAAAAAUCUCCUAGUAACAGAAAUAUUCCAAGGUGGAAUCGACGCCACGGGCACUGUAAUUACCAUGAUGCUGUACGAAUUAGCGAGAAAUUCAUCAAUCCAGACUGCUAUUUACGAAGAUUUAAUGAAGAACAAAAUGAAACCAGGUCAUAUUUCUCCUUUGUUGAGAGCUUGUCUCAAAGAGACGCUUCGAUUACAUCCCACUGCAGGAGGAAGUUCUCGGAUCAUCGAUUCAGACGCUGUGUUAUCUGGCUAUCAUGUUCCUAAAGGAACGCUAGUAGUAGGCGUUAAUCCAGUCAUUAGCAGAAUGGGUUGCCAUUUCUCAAACCCUUUAAAAUUUGAUCCGUGGCGCUGGCUUCAAAAAGCGGAAGCACCUCACCCUUACAUAUCGUUACCUUUUGGUCACGGAGCACGAAUGUGUCCGGGAAGAAGAUUUGCUGAACAGGAAAUUCUUCUCGGUAUCGCUGAGAUAAUUUUGAAAUACGAAGUUCUCUCAGUGACCCUAAAGGACAUCUUCAUGAUACUCGAAAUGAAUCUCGUCCCAAGCGAACCAAUUGAUUUUAAAUUGAUCGUGAGAUAAAGGAUUUGUCCUUUCUCCACACAUAGUUAUGUCACAGAUUUACACAAAUUAAUUGAACUGCGCUCAUCGUUAUUACCUAAUUUGUCUUAUUUCGGCCAUUAGCGACUUUUUAACCGUCAUAUUUUUUUUUUUUUUUAAAUAUGACACAAAAAUCUCGAAUAACCCUUUAAUUUUGAACUUGACUUGUCAUUUGUAAUGCAUAACUCGGGGGCAGACAUGCUGACAACAUGCUGUUGUUGUCUGUUAUGAGACAGGGUAGUGUGGAAAGGAUUUUUCAUCUUCAGCAUCAUUAGUGAUUGACUUAACAUUUGCUGUUGCCUUGUAAUAUGCCACAAUGAAUAGAAACACAUUCUGAAUAACUGGUA